AUGUCAACACCACUGGGACCGGAAUCUCAACAGGCACACUGUCCAGUCUGUCAAACGAUUGUGACCACAAAUGCCGAAUUUAAGGCCUCAAAUAAAACUCAUCUUUUGGCCUUGCUUUUAUGUGUUUUCGGUUGCUGUCCUUGUGCUGGUUGCUUGUAUUGUACCGGUUGUGCUCGCAAUGUGGAACACUAUUGUCCCACCUGUAACACAUAUUUGGGAGCUUAUGAACGUUAA